UAACCGGAUGUCCGGAGCGUGUGGGCUGUGCCCUAGGAGGCGGGGGCUCAGGGCGCAGGCGCACGUUGCUUAGCUCGCCUACCGGAAGCGGCCUAGGCUCUCCGCGUCCGCGUCCCCGAGCCAGUGCGCAGGCGCACUUCUCUUUCCCGGUCGCCGCCACCGCCUCCUCUUUCCGCUCCUCCACGCCGGCGCCUCGGAGACGGGCGCGACUUCCGCUUCCGGGCGGGCGGGCAGGCGGGCGGCGCGGGGCUGCCGGGGAGGGGGAGGGGGCGGCACUUCCGGUCGGGCCCUCGGGUCUCCCCGGAGCGGCGGCGCCUCCUCCGCCUCCUCGGCCUCCUCCCGGCGGAGACCCCUGCGCCGGUGGAAACAGCUGCCUGUUUAGCUCCAGGCUCCAAUGAAACACUUCUGGUGUACCUCCCUCCUCUCCCCAAGCCAGGUCAGCUCCUGUCCCCAGUCCUCCCACAGAGCAGUGCCCCACAGUGAGCCUCUCCCUCUCAGACCACCUCUUUCUGUGGCGUUAACCUCUCCCGCUUCGCACCCAGCUUCAUUUCAUCCCUCUGGACGCCCUAGAGAAGACCCCCGUCUUUACUAUGGCCUGACCUCUUUUUUUCCCCAGGCAUGUGUUCAUUCAUUCAUUCAUUCAUUCAUUCACUGUUCUAGGUACAGGGCAUACAGUGGUGAAGGAGAGAGAUACACAUGGUGUUUCAUUUUGUGGGUUUUAUAGUCUACUUGAGAGAGUUCAAACACAAGUGAACGAAUAAGAUAAAUCCUGUUUUCUGGGUUUCUCCCAGAGCCCGGUGGUUUACCUCAGAGGUGAAAACUGAAUUAGCAGAGGUGACUUAGCCACGUAGAGAUCUGGGUGGAUGGUUUCAGGCAGCGAGAAUAGCAAGCGCAAAGGUCCUGAGGUGGCCGUGAUCAUGGUGAGUGGAGGAGCAUCAGGGAAGCCAGUGAGGUUGGAGCAGAGGAAGAGAACAAGAGGGAGAGGGUUUGAUGUCUUAGGGCACUGGGGAUAAGGGCACUGUGAUCAAUUUUCUCGCCUUUGUCAGCUCUGCCAAGCCCAUACUGUUCUUCAUUUGUUCAUUCGUUCAUUUGUUCAAGUGUUUGAUGAGGACCUGUUACUCAUGGGGGAUGCAGCAGAGAACCAAACAGACAAAAACCCUUGCCCUCAUGGAGCGCAUAUGCUAGCUGAUGGGACAAUUAAAAAACAAAAUGUGUGUGUGUGUGUGUGGAUAAAAUACAGCAGGAUCAGGGUAUGGUCACAGAAGAGGGUGGCAAAAAGGCCUUCUUCAAAAGAUUCCCAAUGUCAUCUUGUCACUCCCCAAAGCCACACACACACCUCUGUGUAAAUCCCGACCCUCCUGGACAACUGUGGCCAACCGGGGGCUGCUCUUACCAGCUGCCCCCAAGAGUGAAGUGGUUAAGAGGGUGAGUCCAGGAUUCCACUGUGUUCAUAUCUCUGAGCAAACCACUCCCUCUUUUCCUAGCCUCAUUCAUUCACUUAUUUCAUAAAUAUUUUUGGAGACAGGCACUGUUCUAGGUCCUGGGAUAGAACAGUGAACAAAACAGGUAAAAAUCGUUGCCUGUAUGGAGCCCACCUUCUAGAGGGGGAGGCCAGCAACAACAAGACAAGCAGAAUAUGUGGUUUAUCGGGUGAUGCUGACAGGUAAGGACAGAAACAAAGCAGGCUGGGAAGAGCCGGAAUGUUGUGUGGAUGACAGGUUACAGCGGCCAUGGAGAGCCUCACUGAGGAGACAGCCUUUGGGCAGAGGUGUGAAAGAGGUGAGGGGCAGAGAGGUAUAGAGAUAGCAAUCAGAGGAUUCCAGACAGAAGCAACAGCCAGUGCAAGGGCCCUGGGGUAGGAAUGCUGGCAUGUUGGAGAGGCAGCCAGGUGGCCAUGGAGGGUAUGUAGGUCAUCAUAGAGACUUUGACUUUAAGUGGGACGGGUGUCAUUGCAGGGUUUGAACAGAGGAGGGACGUGGUUUGGCCUUAGUCCUCCCGUCUGUUAAAUGAGAAUAAGAGUAAUGCUUAUCUGAUGAGUCUGUUAUGAAGUUGGAGACAAACCACAUAAGAUACGUAGUACAGUGCUUAUUAGUGUUCAGAAAAUCCUGGUGGCUGGUUCUGGGCUCGGGUAUCAAGGAAGUGGGUGCGGCGAAGUGUAUUUCUAGUAUAAGGCAGAGUGGGGGGCCUUCCUUUAUUUUGGAGAGAGAAUGUUGAAAGACAGCAUGCUGUAGUGGGUAACAGCACGCACUCUGGAGCCCUGCUGCCUGCCUCCUAUUCCUGGCUCUGCCACGGCUUGUUACUGGUAUGACAUUAGGAGAUGAAUUUAUGUCUCCGGCCCUCAGUCUCUUCCUCUGUGAAACAGAGUUGAUAGUGGUCACCAUCUUCUUGACUCAGUAGGAAGAUUCGUUGAAGGAUUUAGAAGAGCACUAGGCAGGUAGAAAGCACUUCACAUUACGCGGUACCGUGUGUCCACGUUACUGUUAUUAACAGAGUACAGCUUCAUCCCAAGUCGAACCUGUUGUAGCACAAUGGCCCACAGGUCCUGGUAUCAGAGAGGUUUGGAAUCUAAUACCUACUUUCCCCUUGACUGGCUAUGUGACCUUGGGGAAAUGACCCCCCCCCUUUCUCAAUUUUCCCACUUACAAAAUGGAGCUGAUAACAGUACAGGAGCAUCGUGAGGCCUCACGAUGCUGCACCUCAAACUGGUUGAACAAUAAACACAGACAUGAGCUGUUACGAUUACGAGUGCAGUUGCUGUCCCCUUGGGACAUGCCCCCAUCAUGCUUCUCUCCAUAGGAUGCGUCUCCCCUUAGAAAGACGCCGAAUUAAGGCUGGGAUCCCCUGAAAGAGGAAAUGCCUCUUAUUUCCCAGUGGAAAUACUGGGAGCCUGAUCACUUCCAUCCCCCAGUGUUCCUCCCUGGUCUUCACAGCAGUAGCCCUUCACAUCUUCCCACUCGCCUUUGGGUCCCUCCUUACAACAUCACCGCCCUUGAAUUCCUUCUUCUGGGGACCUCCACCCUGUGUCAACUCCAUCUCUGCUAAAUGUCCCCCUCCCUCCCUCAGGGGGUUCUGGUCGGCUCAGUCUUGUUCCUUUGCUCAUUUAACAAACACUUAUCAGUAUAGGCUAUCAGUUUACCUCUGAGCCCUACUUUGGCUGCAUCUUCUCUAAGUUUUGGUACGUUGUGUUUUCAUAUUUAUUCAUCAGGGGUUCCUUGUUUCUUGUGGUUUCUUGGUGGGUCUGCUGGUGAUUUAGGAGGGUGCUGUUUAAGUCCCAUAUAUCAGAAAAUACUUAUCAAACAACCACACCAUACUGGGUGCUGUGCUCGGUGCUGGGGGCACAGCGGCAAACAAGACGGACCAAAUCCUUAUUCUGUUAGGUGGGGAUGCCAGACAGUAAACACACAGUCAAAGAAAUACACACAGCAAGUCGUGGCAGUGACAGUGAUGAGAAAAUGCAGCAAGAUGAGGGGUUAGGGAGGAUUGGGUAGGAUGGAGAGGACAUCUGAACAGGGACCUGAAGCAGGCACAGGACUGAACCUUGAGAUCUGAGGAAUAGACUCACCACAUCACUGCUCCAUCCGUUCAAGACAGACACCCCCUUCCCCUCCCACCCAGCCCCCUACAUAAACUCCCAUCACCUAGGUAACACCCCCCAGUAAGGCUCCAGGCCCCACAGUCCACCCCACCUUUGUCCACCUUAGGAAACAAACAACCUGGUGGGGGAAGUGGGGAGGCUGAGCCGCAGACUUGCUCUGUGACCUUCGGCAAUUUACUUGACUUCUCUGUGCUUCUGUUUUGUCAAAUGGGGAUAAUAGUCCCUAUGUCAUAGUCUCAUAGAUUUUGGGGGGAUUGAGUUAAUAUAUAUAAUGUGCUGGGAGCACACUGGGCUUGUAGGAAAUGCCCAGUCAACAUUAGCUGUUAUUAAUAUGUACCCUGAUGGAGGCAAGCCAGGGCGGUGGUUUCUUCCCUAAGACACCUCCUUCCCCUGCCCCUUGCACUCCUCUACCGUGUGCUUUCUGCCCACCCAGCCCACUCUCCCGGUCUCCUGGGUUUAGGUUUCCCCCACAGGCUCCCACCACCGCUGCAGCCAUGCCUUUGUUCCUUCUGGAGAGCAAAUUAACCAGAGGGGGUGUGAAGGGCAUGGGAUGUUGAGUCUCGUCCAAGGACACCCAGAGCUAGAGGCUAAAAAUACCGACCUCUUGGCGGAGGAGUGGAGGAGACACUCACCUUUCACCUGUGGAGGGGAGAGAGCCAGCUGGCUGGCUGGGGGCAGAUGGGCCCUGGCCUUGGUAGGCAUCGCUGACCCCUGUUGUGGGCACAGAGCCAGGCCCCCAUGGGCCAGGGAUUAUGGACAAGAAGCCUGCUACACCUUGGGGGCUCUUCUCCCACUGACUGUCCGCGGACUUGGUGGAGGUGUUUCCCCGGCCCUCUGGGUGUCUCAGGUUCAAAAGUCCAUUGUAGGAGCUGAGGUUCUGGUGGGGGCCGGGGCGCAGACAUGGACACCUGCCUUCUGGGAUGACAAAUACUGUAAAGGAGGUGCCCAGAGACUGACUGCCAUUGCACAGGAGGCAGGGAAAUCCCCACCUGGGGCAAGGACGGAGACCUACACCCCCUGGGCAUCUGCUGUCGGGGUCCCCCAGGGUCUGCCGUCGCCCACCCCGCCCGAGAUGGAGGCAAACGCAGCGGGCGGUGCCGCCGGGGGCGGUGGGGGCAGCGGCAUAGGGGGCGAGGACGGGGUUCACUUCCAGAGCUACCCCUUCGACUUUCUGGAGUUCCUCAACCACCAGCGCUUCGAGCCCAUGGAACUGUACGGGGAGCACGCCAAGGCGGUGGCCGCCCUGCCCUGCGCCCCCGGGCCGCCGCCCCAGCCCCCGCCCCAGCCCCCUCCGCCCCAGUACGACUACCCGCCCCAGGCGACCUUCAAACCCAAGGCGGAGGCGCCGUCCUCGUCCUCGUCGUCCUCGUCGUCCUCGUCGUCGUCCUCGUCGUCGUCCUCGUCGUCGUCGUCCUCCUCGCAGGCCAAGAAGCCCGACCCGCCCCUGCCGCCCGCCUUCGGGCCCCCUCCGCCCCCCCUGUUUGAUGCUGCCUUCCCCGCCCCGCAGUGGGGCAUCGUCGACCUGUCUGGACACCAGCACCUUUUUGGGAACCUGAAACGCGGAGGGCCCGCGACCGGGCCGGGGGUGACCCCGGGGCUGGCCUCUCCCACCGGGACCCCGGGGCCGCUUCCCGCCCCCUCACAGACCCCUCCGGGGCCCACCGCAGGGGCGGCGGCCUGCGACCCGGCCAAGGACGACAAGGGCUACUUCCGGAGGCUCAAGUACCUGAUGGAGCGGCGCUUCCCCUGCGGCGUGUGCCAGAAGUCCUUCAAGCAGUCCUCGCACCUCGUGCAGCACAUGCUGGUGCACUCAGGCGAGCGGCCCUACGAGUGUGGCGUCUGCGGCCGCACCUACAACCACGUGUCCAGCCUCAUCCGCCACCGCCGCUGCCACAAGGACGUGCCGCCCGCGCCCGGGGGCCCGCCGCAGCCCGGGGCGCCCCUCCCGCCGCUGGGCCUGCCGGCGCCCGCGGCCGGCGCCCCCCCCGCCGCCCCCACCCCCGUGCCCUCCGGCCCUCCCGCCCCGCCCCCAGCCGCCGCCGCCGCCGCCGCCGGAGCCGGAGCCGGAGCCGCCGUGGCCGCCAGCGUGGCGGAGGCGGCCGGAGCCCCCGCUGGGGUGGGCGUGCCCCCUCCCGCGGCGGGGGGCGGCGAGGGCCCGUUUGCCUGCCCGCUGUGCUGGAAGGUCUUCAAGAAGCCCAGCCACCUCCACCAGCACCAGAUUAUCCACACCGGCGAGAAGCCCUUCUCCUGCUCCGUGUGCAGCAAGAGCUUCAACCGCAGGGAGAGCCUCAAGCGGCACGUGAAGACGCACUCUGCCGACCUCUUGCGCCUGCCGUGCGGCGUCUGCGGGAAGGCCUUCCGCGACGCCGCCUACCUGCUCAAGCACCAGGCGGCCCACGCGGGCGCGGGCGCGGCGGGACCCCGGCCCGUGUACCCCUGCGACCUGUGCGGCAAGUCGUACUCGGCGCCCCAGAGCCUGCUCCGCCACAAGGCGGCGCACGCCCCGCCCGCCACCGCCCCGGACGCGCCCAAGGACGCGGCGGCCGCGGUCGCGCAGCCCCCGCCAGCCUUCCCUGCAGGCCCCUACCUCCUGCCCCCGGACCCUCCGGCCACGGACAGCGAGAAGGCCGCGGCGGCCGCGGCGGCCGUGGUGUACGGCGCCGUGCCCGUCCCGCUCUUGGGAGCGCACCCGCUGCUGCUCGGCGGGGCUGGCACCAGCGCGGCGGGCGGCGCGGGCGCCAGCGUCCCCGGAAAGACUUUCUGCUGCGGCAUCUGCGGGCGGGGCUUCGGGCGGCGCGAGACUCUGAAGCGCCACGAGCGCAUCCACACCGGCGAGAAGCCCCACCAGUGUCCCGUGUGCGGGAAGCGCUUCCGGGAGUCCUUCCAUCUGAGCAAGCACCACGUGGUGCACACCCGCGAGCGGCCCUACAAGUGCGAGCUGUGCGGCAAGGUCUUCGGCUACCCGCAGAGCCUCACCCGCCACCGCCAGGUGCACCGCCUCCAGCUGCCCUGCGCCCUGGCUGGGGCUGCGGGCCUCCCGGCCACGCAGGGUGCGCCCGGGGCCUGUGGGCCGGGCGCCUCGGCCGCCUCUGCCGGGGCCGCCGAUGCCCUGAGCUAUGCCUGCUCGGACUGCGGCGAACACUUCCCGGAUCUCUUCCACGUGAUGAGCCACAAGGAGGCCCACAUGGCGGAGAAGCCGUACGGCUGCGAUGCCUGCGGCAAGACCUUCGGCUUCAUCGAGAAUCUCAUGUGGCACAAGCUGGUCCACCAGGCUGCCCCCGAGCGCCUGCUCCCGCCCACACCCGGGGGUCCCCAACCCCCGGAUGGCUCCAGCAGCGCCGACGCGGCCAGCGUGCUGGACAACGGGCUGGCGGGAGAGGUGGGGGCGGCCGUGGCUGCCUUGGCGGGGGUGUCCGGGGGUGACGACGCCAGCGGGACGGCGGUGGCGGGGGGGGGCGGCGGGGGUGCCAGCUCGGGCCCCGAGCGCUUCAGCUGCGCCACGUGUGGCCAGAGCUUCAAACACUUCCUGGGCCUGGUGACCCACAAGUACGUGCACCUGGUGCGGCGGACCCUAGGCUGUGGCCUCUGCGGCCAGAGCUUCGCCGGUGCCUACGACCUGCUCCUGCACCGCCGCAGCCACCGGCAGAAGCGGGGCUUCCGCUGCCCGGUGUGCGGCAAGCGCUUCUGGGAGGCGGCCCUGCUGAUGCGCCACCAGCGCUGCCACACGGAGCAGCGGCCCUACCGGUGCGGCGUGUGUGGCCGAGGCUUCCUGCGCUCCUGGUACCUGCGGCAGCACCGCGUGGUGCACACCGGCGAGCGCGCCUUCAAGUGCGGCGUGUGCGCCAAGCGCUUCGCGCAGUCGUCCAGCCUGGCGGAGCACCGGCGGCUGCACGCCGUGGCCCGGCCCCAGCGCUGUGGCGCCUGCGGCAAGACCUUCCGCUACCGCUCCAACCUGCUGGAGCACCAGCGGCUGCACCUGGGGGAGCGCGCCUACCGUUGCGAGCACUGCGGGAAGGGCUUCUUCUACCUGAGCUCGGUGCUGCGCCACCAGCGCGCCCACGAGCCGCCGCGGCCCGAGCUCCGCUGCCCUGCCUGCCUCAAGGCCUUCAAGGACCCCGGCUACUUCCGUAAGCACCUGGCGGCCCACCAGGGCGGACGGCCCUUCCGCUGCUCCUCCUGUGGGGAGGGCUUCGCCAACACCUAUGGCCUCAAGAAACACCGCCUGGCGCACAAAGCCGAGGGCCUCGGCGGACCUGGGGCAGGGGCGGGCGCCUUGGCCGGAAAGGAUGCCUGACCAGGAGGGGGUUCCCAUCCGCCACUCCAAUCAGAUGUCCCCUCUCAACCCCUCCCCUCCUUCUCUCCAGUUGCUGAUCAGACUCUUAACCCCUCCUCGCUGUUGCCCAGCCAUCCUUCAGAACUUCGGACAGACUAGCCUCCUUGCGGGCUCAUGCCGCGCAGACUCCGGUCCCGGACGUCUCUGGCCCUCCCCUCAGCCCAUCAGACACUGAACUUGACCCUCCGUCCAACUCCGUUUUGUAACCUUCAUCAGCGCCCCCUCCCCCAGCAGCAUUCUGUCCCCCGAUAAGCUUUGGUGGAGGAUGUGGGUCUGAACUGCCCUUCCCCAUUCCUUUGGGAUCUGGCUGGAACCGAGUAUGCGUGGAGUUGGGAGGGCACAAGGGGGACUGGGUGCUCUUUUGGAUUGUGGGGGUGGGGGCGGGGUGGUAGACGCGGCUUGUACAGAGCGGAGAAUAAUAAAUCGUAUCAACAGGGCCACCGGAGUCCUUUCUUGUAUCCCAGGGAGAGGGGAUUAGGCGCUGACAAAGUUGAGAACUUUUGUUUCCCAGGGAUUUCGAUUCCCCGACACCCUCUGCCUCACCCUCAGGCUUUCUGCUUUGCCUCAUCCAAAUGGUAAUUACUGAGGAUUUACCGUAUCCAAGCUUCAGUCUGCACGUUGGGCAAAGGGAGAUGAACAAGACAGGUAAGUUUCUGUUCUCAGAAACUCACAGUGUGCCUGGACUCCUUCCCCCUUUGAGAUGUUUUUGGCGUUUGUUCACCUGGCCCACAUUUCCAGAAGCCCUCCCCCACCCCCCACCGUCUGCUGGGUCCUUCACUGGACACCGGGGAAACAUGAAUUGGACACGCUCCUUGCCCUCAAUGGAGGAGAACCCCUGUGUUCCCACGUCGCACAGACUCCUCGUCCAUCGCACCCGUCUGUCCAGGAUAAUUCGGAGGGGCUUCAAAAGCCCUUCCACGGCGCUCACUUCCGUUGUUGGAACAGUGAGCCAGCUGUGUGCUCUCUGUGUUGUUAUCCCAUCUGUCAGAAGAGGAGGCGGAGGUCCUGGAGAAGAAAGAGGCUCCAGGGACUCCCAGCAAAUCCACAGUAGAACGGGGACUGCAGGCCCAGGGUGCUCAGUGCUGGGACUGGAAGACAAAGCUGGCUCGGGGGGCAUGGCCUGGGCAGGUUCGGCUUGACCCACUCCGGGGCAGCAACCUAGUGUGGCCAACCUAUGGCAAUGCUGAAGACCUGGACUGAGAGAGUCCUUGUGCCAGGGCCCCAGGGUUCAAAAGUCCCGUGGACCCAGAGCCACACCACAAAACGUCCACAGAAUUAUCCCUGAGGGCAGAGAGCAUGGAGGAGUCGCUUUGUGAGACUGGGGGGGUAGCCAAGCCCCCUGGAGGAGAAAGUAAUGCCUGAACAAUAACAAGCCACAGGAGCUUGCCAGGUAAAGUGGGCACAGAAUUCUGGGUGGAGGGUUGAGUGUGUUUAACUGAACCCAGCUGUUACAGAGAAUUUCAGUGAGGAGUAUGGCUGGGAGGUUGGGGGGGGGGGGGGUGGUGGUGGUGAAGGGCUUUGAAUUCCAAACAGUAGAGCUUGGAUGAUCUUGUAGGCCAGAGGCCGGAAGCUGGCAGCUGUUGGACGCAAGCCACUGACAUGCUUUGUUUAGCCCAUGCAUUAAAAAAUUAAUAUAGUUUGACUUAGUUGCCGGCAUUUGAA